AGAGGGCCUUCUGCGCAUGCGCGGGAUCCCGGAUAUGGAUCGAGUUGAUUGAUAGCUUGCCGUGCUGCUGCAAUGGCGGCGCUCAGAAGUGUGACGGGUUCUGGCAAUUGGUUUUCGGCUUUGGCGCUCGGGGUGACUCUCCUCAAAUGCCUGCUCAUCCCCACCUACCAUUCCACAGAUUUUGAAGUACACCGAAACUGGCUUGCUAUCACCCACAGUUUGCCAAUAUCAAAGUGGUAUUAUGAGGCAACUUCAGAGUGGACCUUGGAUUACCCCCCUUUUUUUGCAUGGUUUGAGUAUGUCCUAUCACAUAUUGCUAAAUAUUUUGAUCAAGAGAUGCUGAAUAUCCAUAAUCUGAAUUACUGCAGCUCAAGGACCUUACUUUUCCAGAGAUUUUCUGUCAUCUUUACGGAUGUACUCUUUGUGUAUGCUGUCCAUGAGUGCUCUAAAUGCAUUGAUGGAAAAAAAGCAGGUAAAGAACUUACAGAGAAGCCAAAAUUUAUUCUAUCAGUAUUACUGCUGUGGAACUUCGGGUUGUUAAUUGUGGACCAUAUUCAUUUCCAGUAUAAUGGUUUUUUAUUUGGAUUAAUGCUACUCUCCAUUGCACGAUUCUUUCAGAAAAGGCAUAUCGAAGGAGCAUUUCUCUUUGCUGUUCUCCUACAUUUCAAGCACAUCUACCUCUACGUAGCACCAGCUUAUGGUGUGUAUCUGCUACGAUCUUACUGUUUCACUGCAAAUAAACCAGAUGGAUCUAUUCGAUGGAACAGUUUCAGCUUUCUUCGUGUUACUUCCCUGGGACUGGUUGUUUUCCUAAUUUCUGCUUUUUCGUUGGGUCCUUUCCUAGCCUUGAAUCAACUGCCUCAAGUCUUUUCCCGACUCUUUCCUUUCAAGAGGGGCCUCUGCCAUGCAUACUGGGCUCCAAACUUCUGGGCUUUGUACAAUGCUUUGGACAAAGUAUUGUCUGUCAUUGGCUUGAAAUUGAAACUUCUGGAUCCCAACAAGAUUCCCAAGGCUUCAAUGACAAGUGGUUUGGUUCAGCAGUUCCAACAUACAGUCCUUCCCUCAGUGACUCCCUUGGCAACCCUCAUCUGCACUCUGGUUGCCAUAUUGCCCUCUGUUUUCUGUCUUUGGUUUAAACCCCAAGGGCCCAGAGGCUUUCUCCGAUGUCUAAUUCUUUGUGCCUUGAGCUCCUUCAUGUUUGGGUGGCAUGUCCAUGAAAAAGCCAUACUCCUAGCAAUUCUUCCAAUGAGCCUUUUGUCUGUGGGAAAAGCAGGAGAUGCUUCCGUUUUUCUGAUUCUGACCACAACAGGACAUUAUUCACUCUUCCCUCUGCUCUUCACUGCACCAGAACUUCCCAUUAAAAUCUUACUCAUGUUACUAUUCACCAUCUAUAGUAUUUCCUCACUGAAGACUCUGUUCAGAAAAGAAAAACAUCUUUUUAACUGGAUGGAAACUUUCUACCUCCUUGGCCUGGGGCCUCUGGAAGUCUGCUGUGAAUUUGUAUUCCCUUUCACCUCCUGGAAGCUGAAAUACCCCUUCAUCCCUUUGUUACUGACCUCAGUAUAUUGUGCAGUGGGCAUCACAUAUGCUUGGUUCAAACUGUAUGUUUCAGUAUUGACUGACCUUCCUGUUGGCAAGACAAAGAAGCAAUGAAUAAAGGAGCUGCUUGGAUA